AUGGUUUGCGCACCGAGUAAAAUUGAUGUUGAAGCUUGGGUUCAAGCCAACUUGGAUUCCUACAUCUACGAAGGGGACGCCACUUUCCUCGCGGGUCCGACGGAACGGACACAAGCAGUAUGGAGCCGAUGUAUGGAAUUGCUGAAGGAAGAGCUCGAAAAGGGAGGCACUCUCGAUGUGGACACCAAAACAGUGAGCGGAAUCAACGAAUUUGCUCCUGGAUACAUCAUCAAGGAGAAGGAUUUGAUUGUUGGGCUCCAAACUGACUAUCCACUGAAACGAGCCUGCAAGCCAGCAGGUGGGGCUCGUAUGGUUGCAGCCUCCUGUGAGGCUUAUGGAUACCAAAUGGAUCCCCAGAUGGACAUGAUCUUCACAAAGUAUCGCAAGACGCAUAAUGCAGGCGUUUUCGAUGCUUAUACUGAUGCCAUGCGGGCUGCUCGUAGCAAUCACAUUCUCACUGGGUUGCCUGAUGCUUAUGGAAGAGGCCGCAUUAUUGGUGACUAUCGACGCGUCGCUUUGUACGGCGUCGACCAGCUGAUCGCCUCAAAGAAUGCGGACAAGAAAAGCCUUGAGGAUGAAAUGACGGAAGAGGUGAUCCGGCUCCGCGAAGAGAUCUCCGAACAAGUACGCGCUCUUGGAGAGUUGAAGGAGAUGGCGAAGACCUACGGGUUCGAUAUCUCAAAACCAGCGACUUCAGCUCAGGAAGCAAUUCAGUGGACAUAUUUUGCGUAUCUGGGCGCAAUCAAGGCGCAGGAUGGAGCCGCCAUGUCUUUGGGUCGGGUUGAUUCCUUUUUUUGAUAUUUUUUUAUUUCCCGCGACAUCAAAAAUGGCGUCCUGACUGAAGAACGCGCUCAAGAACUGAUCGAUGAUUUCGUUGUGAAACUUCGACUCGUUCGCCAUCUCCGUACUCCUGCAUUCGAAGAGCUCUUUAGUGGAAAUCCUACCUGGGUCACCGCAACUAUGGGAGGAAUCGCACCCUCUGGAAAGCCCCUCGUCACCAAGACGUCUUUCCGUCUUCUGAAUACGUUGAUUAAUUUGGGACCUGCUCCAGAACCAAAUAUGACCGUUCUCUGGUCCGUCAAGCUCCCUGAAGGAUUCAAGGAAAUUCUGCUCUCGCGUUUUCAAUUAAAAACGUCUGCAAUCCAAUACGAGAACGACGACGUCAUGCGGCCUGUGUUCGGCUCAGAUUAUUCAAUCGCUUGCUGCGUUUCAGCGAUGACGAUUGGAAAGCAAAUGCAGUUCUUUGGCGCCCGCUGCAAUUUACCAAAAUUGCUUCUCUAUGUGCUCAACGACGGUCGCGAUGAAAUUACCGGUAAGCAGGUCGGACCGAAAGAUGUGUUUCUUCCCUUCCCUGAUGGACCUCUCGAGUUUCGAUAUGAUCAAGGAAAGAUAUUUGAAGAAUGGAUUGGAUGGCGAAAACUCUACGCCAACACGAUGAAUGUUAUCCAUUUCAUGCACGACAAGUAUAACUAUGAACGUCUCGAGAUGGCUCUCCAUGACACUCACACCCACCGAUUCAUGGCGUACGGAACAGCCGGAAUUUCUGUUCUUGCGGAUUCAUUGUCCGCGAUCAAACAUGCCAAGGUGACACCAGUUCGCGAUGAGCGUGGAAUUACAACUGAUUUCAAAAUCGACGGCGAUUUCCCCAAAUAUGGAAAUGAUGACGACCGCGUUGACGAAUUCGCAAAAUGGGCGACGACGAGUUUUAUUACGCGUCUCCGAACCCACAAGACUUACCGUAACGCCGAGCCAACUCUUUCAGUCUUGACAAUCACGUCGAAUGUCGUUUACGGCAAAAGCACAGGUUCGACACCGUGCGGACGAAAAGCUGGAGAGCCGUUUGCUCCUGGUGCCAAUCCGAUGCACGGCAGAGACUCGUCGGGUGCCUUUGCGUCUUUGAAUUCCGUCGCCAAGAUCGACUACGCAAUUUGCAAGGACGGAAUCAGCAAUACAUUCUCACUUGUUCCAGGAACUCUUGGAAAAAAGCCAGCCAACCCAAGGACAAACCUGACGGCAAUGAUAGAUGGCUACUUUUCUCAAAAUGCUCAUCAUUUGAAUGUCAACGUUCUUCAUCGCGAGACACUUCUGGAUGCGGUCGACCACCCAGAAAAAUAUCCUCAAUUGACCAUUCGUGUUUCUGGAUACGCUGUUCUUUUCAACCGUUUGACUCCAUCCCAACAGAAGGAAGUGAUCGCCCGGACGUUCCAUGAGCGAAUGUAA